GGAAGGGAGCGAAGGUAGAAACGUGGCAGAACUUUAUCUUAGAUUCGCUUUAGUCAAACUUUUAAAGAUAGUGAAGACACACACACACACACACACACACACACACACACAGAGAGAGAGAGAGGGGGGGGGGGGAGAGAGAGAGAGAGAGAGAGAGACCCGCUGCUUGACCCUCAGCAGCAUCAACUGAUGUAAGCAACAUGGCGGAAGGUAGGUGCACAGAGUUCUUUGUGGAUAAACAUCAAGAGGAGCUGAUCCAGAGAGUGACCAACAUCACACCAGUUAUAGAAGCCCUCGUCUCACGCAAAGUUAUCAAUAAAAAAAGUUAUGAUGAAAUCAUGUCCAUCCCCGACACUGAGGGGAGGAUGAGAGCGCUCUAUAGUGGACCUUUGAAGGUCGGUGGAGGUCAAGGAAAGAGGAUUUUCUACAACAUCCUUGAAACACAUGAGCCAUAUCUACUGGAUUACCUGAAGAAAACAAAGUGUGAGAACACAUUGGAUAAAGUUCAGGUAGAAACAAUGACAAUGAAGACGCUGCUUCUUGAAACACUGAAUGAACUGAGUUUUGGGGAGUUUGACGAAUUCAAGGCACGUGUUAAACUGGAGAAAGGUUUCCCACUCAUCUCAAAGAGCCGAAUGACAAAGGCAAACAGGAAGGAUGCAGUGGAGUUGAUGGUUGAAACGUUCAGCCACGAGUGUGUGGAGGUGACCAUGGAUGUUUUCAUGGACAUGAACCGGACUGAUUUGUUACAGAGAUUGUCAGACGUCAGCUUAGGAACCGAAGCAAAACACUCUGCAGAUGAACAGUGGACUACACUGAUCCAGAGAGAAGAAACGAUGGCGUCUGUUAUAGAGCUGCUUCUGGAAACAUUGAUUGAUUUGAGCGACAGGGAGCUCCAAUUCUUGAAGAAGGUCCUCCUGAAUCAUGAUCCCCAUCAGAGACAUUUCUCAGACAUCCCAUGGGGGCUGCUCAUGAUGGCAGACCUGCAGAACACAGUUGCUUUAGUGGUGCAGAUUUAUGGCCAACAGUCUGUGGAGGAGAUGAAGAAAGUUUUAAAGAGGAUGAACAGGACUGAUCUGGUGGAGAGACUGUGUGACAGCAGCUCAGGAGCCAAAAAAAAAAACUCGGUGGAUAAACAUCUGUUUCCACUGAUCCACAAAGUGGCAACAAUGAUAGCUGUCAAAGAGCUGCUUUUGGAAACACUGACUGGUUUGAGUCGCAGUGAGCUCAAGAAAUUCAAGUGGCUCCUGCAGCUCACUUGCUUCCAGAAGGAGCUUCCAUACAUCUCAUGGAGACAACUGCAGAGGGCAGACAGUGCAGGAAUAGUGAAUCUGAUGGUGGAGAUGUGUAGCCAGCAGUCUGUGGAGGUGACCAGGGAGAUUUUCAUGGACAUGAACAGGACUGAUUUGGUGCAGAGGCUGUCAGAGACCAGCUCAGGACUCAAAGAGAAACUCUCUGUAGAUGAAUGCUGCUCUGCAUGGAUCCAGAAAGAAGAAACAAUGACCUCUGUUAUAGAGCUGCUUCUGGAAACUCUGGCUGAUUUGAGUGACAAGGAGAUCAAGGAUUUCAAGCAGAUCCUCCUGAGUCAAAUUCCCUUUCACAGAUCUUACUCAGACUCCCAAUGGAGGCUACUCGUGGUGGCAGACCUGCAGGACACAGUGUUAUUAAUGGUGCAGAAUUAUGGCCAACAGUCUGUGGAGGAGACAAAGACAGUUUUAAGGAAGAUGAAGAGGACUGAUCUGGUGCAGAGGCUGUCUGACAGCAGCUCAGGGGCCACAAAGAAACCCUCUGUAGAUGAACGCUGCUCUGCUCUGAUCCAGAAAGUGGCAAAAAUUGCAGCUGUUAAACAGCUGCUUUUGGAAACCCUGAAUGAUUUGAGUCAUGAGGAGCUGGAGAAAUUCAAGAAAGUCCUGCAGUUGGUUGUUGUUGAGUGGUGCCUCCCAGACAUCUCAUGGAUGUCAUGUCACACUGCUGACAGGGUAGAAAUAGCAGAUUUGAUGGUGGAGACCUACGGCCAUCAGUCUGUGGAGGUGACCAAGAAGGUUUUCAUGAACAUCAACAGGACUGAUCUGGUGCAAAGGUUGUCAGAGACCAGUUCAACACCCAAAGAGAAACACUCUGGUGAUGAACAUCGACCUGCACAGUCUGAGAGAGUUAAACAGAUUCUUUUGGAAACGUUAAAUGACCUGAGUCACAAGGAGCUUGAAAAAUUCAGGCGGUUGUUGCAGUUUACAUACUUCCAGAAGAACCUUCCACAAAUCCCAUGGAGCCAACUGAACAUGGCAGACGGGGGGCAAAUAGUGGACCUGAUGGUGAAGAGAUGUGGCCAUCAGUCUGUGGAAGUGACCAUGGAGGUUUUCAUGGACAUGAACAGGACUGAUCUGGUGCAGAGGCUGUCAGAGAGCCUCAGAGGAUCUUCAGGAAGCCUGGAGCUUGCAGAAUGUGGAAGCUCCAUGCAGGAAUCCAGCGACUGGACUAAACUUGAACCUGAAGUGAACAGCACAGAUGCAGAUGAGACUCCAACAUACAGUCUACAGUCUGAGGCAGGAAACUUUGAAUGCAGUGUCUCUGCCUUACGCUGGGUCUGUAAGGAAAAGGUCAGCCUCAAGUACCAGUUUUGGUCUUGGGAGGGACACAUGGAGAGGAUGGCGAGCAGACGAUACAUGCCUGCAGGUCCCCUGAUGGACAUCUCAGUAAUUUCUGGGAAGUUAGAUGAAGUUUACCUGCCGCACUGGAUCUGUGUUGAAGACAACCCAUCAAUAUUAGACAGGUUUGCAGUCCUGCACAUAGAUGACUGUGGAGAUGUUGUGGAAAAAGUGUCUGAGGUCACACCAUCCCAUGUCAAGUUAUCUGAACCAGUUUUCUCCCCAAGAGCGGUCCUGAUGAAAGCUGGACUUCCUGUGAAAAUUAACUGUAACGUGUUAAUAUAUAAGACCAACACAGCUUUCCUCACACUCCAUGUUUAUCUGAUUCCAUGUGAUCCUGGUCUACAGCAGGCAAUGGACAAGAGGGAAUUAUCCUUUGGAUACAAAAUCAUCCGUAAGCCACAUCCAGAGAAGUCUCUGAAAAUGCAAGAGCGUUUCAUCCUAACAGCUGAUUUGGACAGUGCAGAAAUUUACCCUGAGAAAUUAAAGCUCAGAUAUGAAAGCAGAAACCCCAACUUCUUUGAAAUGUUUAUUGAAAAUCCACACACAAACUUCAAGCUCAGUCUCACCAAAGAAGAUGAGCCUCAGCCUGUAUGGACCUGUGUAAUUCGAAAAGAUGAAUACCAAAGCACAGGCCAAAAACAAGGGAAGCACUUUGUGGAUGAACACCAGUGUGACCUGAUCGACAGAGUGAGCAAUAUAGGACCAAUCUUGGAUAAUCUUCUGAAAGAUGGUGUAAUCCAACAAGAAGAUUAUGAUCAAAUCAGGGCAAUUCCAACCACUCAAGAGAAGAUGAGGAAGCUCUAUGGUGGUCCCCUGAAAGCUGGUGGACAUGAAAGCAAAGACAUCUUCUACAGAACCCUUGAAGAGAAGGAGCCAUGUCUUAUUUCCGAUCUCAAUAGGAAUGAGUCAUAAAAACUGUCACAAUGGUUAAAUUUGCUUUAACCAUACCUCCAGCCAUGGCUGUCACAAAUGUUCACUUGGAGUCGAGGAUGAACUGAUUAGACUUUUGUGGUCUAAGGUCUAAAGUCAAGGUCGCUGUGACCUUACAAAACAUGUUUUUGGCCUUGUGAAAGCAAUUUCUCUGGGAUGCUUUGAAGGAUGUUCUUCAAGUUUAUGGGGGGCCAAUGGCAAAUACAUUGCAUAUCGAGUUACAAAAUAUACAUAAGACAUAAGAAACUUUAUUGUUAUUGCGCUGCUUUGUAAGACCACAAAAAACAAGAUUACAAUGGCACUCCCUGAGUUUAAAUACAAUAUUAAAAAACUAUUAAAAAGUUUACUUUCUUUACUGUAAAAUAAGUCUUAAAAUCCAUCAAUGGUGAAUCCUGUGAGGAUUAAUAACAGUCCUUAUAAUCAUAAGAAAAAAUAAACUCAUUAUUGUUCU